AUGUCAGCGUCGAUGAACAUGAGGAAAGCCAAUAUGGACAACAGCUUCUGGAUAGAAGUGGCAUACAGCACAGCAAUCUGCGACUUUCUCUGCCACGCCAUGCAGACUCUCUUCUCAAUAACACCUACCCCUCCGCCAGACCUCUCCCGCCCUAGACUUCGGCAGCUAGCAUCAUGGAUCCGUGAUGAUCUUGAUCCCAUCAUUGCCCGAGAGGGCCCAGACAAGCUGCAUCCGGAUGAUGUAUUGACACUGCAUGAAGUCUUCCAAGCCCUCCUUCACUCACAGGCGAUCACCGCUUUGGAUCUGCGGGCCACACGAAUCCACAAGGCCGUCCAAGAGGUGGCCGGAAAGGCGACCAGAUGGCCUGGUCGACUAGCAGACGAUUGUGACCGAAUCAUUGCCGUCUGGGAGGUGAAGUUCGGAAGACUGGAUUACCUCUAUCCGUUCAUGUAUGGGAGGGGUGGCAGAUUGGAGGGUAUUGCCAGUGCAGAUGAAUUUUCCAAAAUGGCGCUCAUCAAACGGUGGGCAAAUACCUGCCCAGAGAGGAUCAUGCCGAAGACGUCUCGAAGACACGGUAGCCUGGGUUUCACAGCAGGAGCAUGGUGGCUCAAUCCUCUCUUCGCGCAUCACGCCGGCAUAAUCGAUCUCGAAUCAACCGAGGGCGGCAUCUGCUUUGACAAACAUGGAGCGUACGCAGUGCUUCUUAAGGACACGGGCGAGAUUGAUGCACCAUCACAAGACCAGCUCACCUACCGUUGCCCACGAGACGAUAAAGGCAGAUAUCGCCUCACUUCAGUGGACUUCAGAAGUAGAAAUCCAGUACGGAUACUUCGCAGCCAUAGCCUUAACAGUGUUUGGGGUCCAAAGGCUGGUCUGCGGUAUGAAGGCUUGUUUCGAGUUGUGGGCUGGAUCGUUCGUACAAUACAACCUCGUGAUGUCAUAGGGCUUGAGAACAAAGUCGGCGAUAUAGUCUUCGAAGUCAAAUUCGAGAGGGAGGAUCCGGUGCCGAUGGAUGAGGUCUUGAAACAUCCUACAUCAACCGAGACUGACGAUUAUGCCGAGUAUAAGCGCCUCCGGCGAGCUCAUCGUGAGAGACACCAUCAUCAACAGAAAGCACCGCCGGUUGCCACUCACAUAGAUCCCCAGAGGAUUGACACGAAUGUCCCCGCUCCACCGCCUCCUAUCAAUGCCCCGGUGGCCGUUGGAUUUGGUUCAUCUAACAUUCAUACGCGUGCUUCAUCUAAGGGUAGUGUACGCCGUACUCCAUCGCGGCAGACUCUCCUCAAAGAUGCAGCGCCCAUAUUGCCUGGACAACAUAAAAAUAAUGGGAACGGGGAUCCUCCUGGGCUCCCAGCGAAGCCACCGGACGAAGAAUCGGUUCGAAGCAUAGGCGCGAAGGGUGCGCUGGGUGCACGCUCUAUCUCUCCAGCGCUGCUUCAAAAAAACCACUCGGUACACAGUGACUCGCACCCGUCGUUGUUGAAACAAUCGAGUUCGUUAAAGAGCGGCUAUACUAAUCAAAAUCAUUUAAGUGACAUCCGAGAAAUCGCGCCUUGGAUCGAUUACGAGCUCCACCCAAGUCAUCCACCAUCCAUCAAGAGUCGACCCCCGAGCAUUCGGAAGGAGACUGACAGAAUUUCUCCAAAUGCAACACGAGUUAUCUCAUCGCAGGCCCAGUCUUCAAUCUCGACAAGUAUUGGUAGAGGGUCCCCGAGUCCGACUGUCGAUGCCGAAAAGCGGAAGAGGAGCCACGAGAGAAGCGGCAUAAAAUUUGCGAUUCCAAGCUUGGCUAAGAAACAGAGCCUCCGCUCUGUGAGGGCUGUUCCCCGCAGCCUGAAUCCCCUGGCCAAGCUUUUCGACGGCGGGGCGGAGGGCAUUGAUCCUGAGCGAGGGUAUUGCUCUGAGGAGGACUGCCUCACGUAUCCGAGACGAGAAGCUAGAAUGGGCGAGGGGCGGCAGCGAGCAAGUUCGUCUAGCGCUACGGUUCACCCCCUAAGCCCAAUUCCGGUCCGUCCACUCAGCCCAAUGAGUCUGUUGAUCUCGCGGCGCCGAGAUGCAAUUGUCUACCCCCACGGCUUCGCUGCAGCCGGGACUAUCAGGUCUUCACAGGAAUCCGCGACUUCCUCUUUCGUGGAAGACCCCUUCAUCGAUGCACCUCGUCAGCGAGAGAACGGCGUAUCUUCCUUCAAUAACGUCCAGAUACUCGGUUCCUCAGAAGCACAACUCAUCAUAACAAACAUACCACAAGAGCGUAAACACCGACCCUCCAUCCCCGCGGCCCUCAAAGACUUUAUAACGCUCUCCCCUGCCGCCACACCUGUCAGCGUUGCAGCCGCUAUCUCAACGCCCCUCUCCGGUCAUGCUUCUAGCAGCGCUAGUGCGAGUGCGAGCAAAAUCGAUGGUGGUUCGUCGCCUGCAUCGGAAGCGGAACGGGCUUUGAGGAAUGCAAUUGGAGGGAAGAUUAUGGGGCCCAGUGAGAGGAGAAUUUUAUUCAAGGACCCAUUUAAGGAGAUUAAGAGGAGUGGCGGGAAGGGGUGGAGGGAUAGUGUGGAGAAGUUGGCGCCAGAGUCUUUCGGCUGA